GAAGAGACUCCUUGUGAGCCACACCUCCUUGCGCCGCGAUUACCCUAUUAAAAUACGUCGGUAGUGAACGCAAACUUGUUUACAAUAAUUUAAAAAAUGACACUCAGAACUAUAGUAUUUUUCUUAAAUUUAAUUGCCAUACAUUGUUUGCACGUGCCUGAAGAUAUAGGAUUUUCUGAAAAUAAUGGCGCAUUUUAUACUGAGGAUGCAGUAUUUAUAAAUGCACUUCCACGUUCGAAACGCGAGACGAAUACAACACGCGAUGGAAAGCAACUUUUAUUGUUACAACCAAGACAGGGCGAUGCUUUUGGAUUGGAUUGCGAAACAACUAAUGGAAAGAAAGGCACCUGUAAGAGCUUCCGGGACUGCUACCCUUUGUUUAAAGUUGUUGACUUAUCCGGCUACGACGGUUGGGUCAUGGGCCAUUACGACACUUGUAGCUACAUCAGUGGAGAUAAUACUGAGGUAUUUGGUGUAUGUUGUACACAACCCGUAGGAACACCACCUCAACAGGAGCCCGAUGUACAGAGAUUAGGACUCCUUAGACCUGCAAUGCCUUUACAGUUUGCACCUAUGCAAAUACCCGGUUUCCCAAAUAUACCUCAAGCAACAGCAUACUCCCAGUGGCUAUACAAUGCAAACCAGAGGCAGGUCCCAGCCCAAUGGCCACCUGCUUUGCCUCCUCUACCCACUCACCCACCCAAUCACACACCGGCCACGCACCCGCCUUCUCUUGUCAGUGGAGAAGUGACGCAACCACCAGCAAAUCCUUCGCCCAUACCAACAACAACUUGGGGCACUAAACCUCCCAGUACAACAAAACAAACAUGGCCUCCUUUAUACCCAACACAGCCAACGAAGCCUCCAACACAGCCUGGAACUGAUAGUUCUUGCGGGAUCAAAAAUGGACCACAAACAUAUGAGAGUCCCCAAGACGAAGAAAGGAUAGUGGGUGGACAUAACGCCGAUCUGAAUGAGUGGCCCUUCGUAGUGGCGCUCUUCAAUGGCGGCAGACAGUUCUGCGGAGGGUCACUUAUAGACGAUAGACACGUUCUGUCAGCGGCUCAUUGUGUGGCACAUAUGACGUCAUGGGAUGUUGCACGACUGACAGCAAGACUCGGAGAUUACAAUAUCAGGACAAACACGGAGACUCAGCACAUCGAAAGAAAGAUUAAAAGGGUGGUCAGACAUCGUGGAUUUGAUAUGCGAACUCUGUACAACGACGUCGCCAUUUUAACUCUAGACCAACCGGUAACAUUUACAAAGAGCGUAAGGCCAGUCUGUCUUCCGUCCGGCGGACGUGCAUACGCUGGUCUAACUGCUACUGUUAUUGGAUGGGGUAGCUUGAAAGAAAGUGGACCCCAGCCCGCAGUGCUCCAAGAAGUGUCAAUACCGAUCUGGUCAAACGCAGAAUGUCGCCUCAAGUAUGGCUCUGCGGCACCCGGUGGUAUCGUAGAACAUAUGCUUUGUGCAGGGAAAGAUAAUAUGGACUCUUGUAGCGGUGACAGUGGCGGUCCCCUAAUGGUCAAUGAGGGUGGAAGGUGGACUCAAGUAGGUGUGGUCUCGUGGGGCAUCGGAUGCGGUAAGGGACAGUACCCCGGAGUAUACACCCGAGUUACAGCUUUUCUGCCAUGGAUACAAAAGAACUCAAAAUAAUAUGAAAAGUAAUUAACGUGUAUAAAAGCUUAUUUGUCAAUUUAUUAUUUUCCGUAACUCUUAUAUGUUUAUAAUAAAAUUGUAAAAAUCAGUU